UACCGCUGAACUUUAUGUUUAUGUUUAUAUACCCUAAACAAUGAAUCGUAAUCCUUAUUCUCGUUACUAUGUACCAGGUCCAAGUCCGUGGCCCUUUUUUGUGGCUAUCUCGGCAAACGGAAUAGCGGUAGGGUUAAUUUUGUGACUGCAUCGAACUCCCAGAUUUCUAUUAAUAGGAAUGAGGUUGGGGUGUAUACUAUUGAGAACUUUUAGAUGAUGGCGAGACUUAAUUCGUGAGGGAGAUAUUGGGUUUCAUACUCGCUUCGUAAUCAAGAGAUUUCGUGAUGGAGUUGCCCUUUUUAUUCUGUCUGAAGUAAUGUUCUUCUUUUCUUUUUUUUGGACUUUCUUCCAUAAUGCCUUAAGACCCUCGUGUGAACUAGGGAUGCGAUGACCCCCUCCAGGGAUCCGCACGCCAAACCCGUCGUCGACAAGGCUGUUCGAGACAGGUCUUUUAAUUAGGAGGGGGUUAUUCGUAACUCAAGCCCAUAAGAGAAUGCGUUUGAAGGAUUAUGAUGUUGGGCCAUUUAUUGGCCUAGUGGUAACAAUUUUAUGUGGGACUGUGUUCUUCCUAGUGCAACUUCGAGAAUACUACUGAAACUCAUACACUAUUGCAGAUAGGGUGUAUGGAAGAGUGUUUUAUUUACUAACUGGGUUUCAUGGAAUGCACGUAGUUGUGGGGACUCUUUGACUAAUGGUGAGGUUAGUCCGACUAUGGCGUGGGGAGUUUUCCAGUCAACGGCACUUUGGUUUUGAGGCUUGCAUUUGGUACUGACACUUCGUAGAUGUGGUAUGGGUAGCAUUAUGAUGUUUAGUAUAUGUGUGGUUUGGAGGAUGGUUAUACAUGUGGUGGUUCAAAAUAUGAGACGGGGACGUCUAUACGUUUAAGUACCCAGACGCAAAGCCUUCGUGGUAUGCGUACAUUCAAGAAGAGCAUGCUCCGUCCUGAUAUAAGAUUCCUGACCAUUUAAAAGGUUAA